AUGGGCCUCUGCGGCUUGGGAAAGACACCAGAGGGCAAUGCAGAGAUGGAAGAGAAUGGAGCAGGGGCAGUGGGCCAGUCAGGCUAUUACAGACAAACUGUUAUUUGUAACAUACAUUCUAUCAAAGGAGGAAAUCGAUUAAAUAGAUUCACGUCAUUUAUGCUGAGUUCCAUACAUGGUUGGUCAUACUACACAAAAGCAGAAAGUGUUCCGGUGAACAUUGCUCCAUCUGAAGUUUUAAAAAAAAAUAAUGGGAUUAUAUUAUUGGAAACUUCAGAUAGACUACAGCCCCCUCCAUUAGUUUUAUGUGCACUAGAGUCAGCAGCUCGUGUGUAUAAAGACAGACCAGUGGCCUUCUUCAUGAAAGGGUUAAAUGAUACCAACAUCGAAGAAACGGUGAAGAAACAUUUCUCAGUGCUCUCAACUCUAAAGAACAUAUUCUUCUUCCCCUUGAGGUUUGAGGAAGUGUUUACUGGCACACCACUUCACUCAUGGUUCAUGAAGCUUGAUGUUCAAAAGCAGAACUACUGGUUGCAUGUCAGUUCUGACGGCUGUAGAUUGGCUCUUAUCUGGACAUAUGGAGGCAUAUAUAUGGAUACGGACUUCAUCACAAUCCGACCCAUUCCUAUUCAGAACUUCCUGUCUCUAGAAAGCCCUCAACAGUCUAGCAAUGGUAUUUUCGGCUUCUCUUCUCAUCAUAAUUUCACCCAGGAAUGUUUGGAGGACUUUGUUCGGAAGUAUGAUAGUAGUAUAUGGGGACAGCAAGGACCGCGUCUCUUUACGCGUAUUUUAAAGACAUUUUGUGAUGUUCCUGUAUUUAAUGGUGUUGACAAUGUCAUGUGUGCAAAUAUUACUCUCUUCAAUCCUCAGCGCUUUUACCCUAUCAGUUAUCCAGCGUGGAGACAAUAUUACCCGAUUUGGAAAAAAUUGCCAACUUUCAGCGACUCCUAUGGAGUGCAUCCCCGGAACUUCAUAAAUAAAGACAAGUUAACUAUGGUACCUGGCAGUAACACUUUAGCAGAACAUCUAUAUAAAGAGUACUGUCCUUUCAUAUAUGCUGCAAUACUAAAUGCAACCAACAAACACUAA